AUGGCAUCAUUAAAAAAAUUAAAAGAAGAAUUUGUAUCUGAUUUAACAGGUGGAUCAAUUGAAGAAAUUUAUCUAGUUACAUCAAUUGCAUUAACUUCAUAUUUAUCAUUUAAACUUUUAAAAGAUUGUUUAGGUUCAAUUUCAUUAACUUAUGAUUAUAUAUUAAAUGUAUUAAGUAUAAUAAUUUCUAUUACAAUAUACAGUGGUAAUCCUAUAUAUUUACAUUAUUCAAUUUUUAUACCAUGUUUUGGAAUAUUUUUAUUAAAUCAUUAUACAAGGAGUGAUAAAACAAGAACUAAAGUGAAGAGUCAAAAUGAAAUACUUUCCAAAAAACAAUUCUUAACGGCAUAUAGAUCACAUAUGUUAAUUAUAACAAAUUUAGCUAUAUUAGCAGUUGAUUUUAAAAUUUUUCCAAGAAGAUUUGCAAAAGUUGAAACUUGGGGUACAUCAAUGAUGGAUUUAGGUGUUGGAUCUUUUGUAUUUUCAAUGGGGUUGGUAAAUUCUAGGCAAAUCAUUAAGAGUCAAUUACAUUCUAAAACGUAUAAGUUUAGUCUUACCAGUUGGAUAAAUAUUAUAACAAAAAAUACUGUCAAGGCUUUACCAAUUUUAAUAUUAGGAAUUGUUAGAUUUAUAAGUGUUAAACAAUUAGAAUAUCAAGAACAUAUAACAGAAUAUGGUAUACAUUGGAAUUUUUUUAUAACAUUAGGUUUAUUACCAAUUUUACUUGGUAUUUUAGAUCCAUUAUUAAAUUUAAUACCUAGAGUUAUUAUAGGUUUUACAUUAUUAGGAAUAAACGAAUUAAUUUUACAAUCAACAAAUGUUUUGGAAGUUAUUUUAACAGAAAAUAAUAGAUUAACAAAUUUUAUUACAAUGAAUAAAGAAGGUAUUUAUUCAUUUUUAGGAUAUUUUACAAUUUUUAUAUUUGGUCAAUCAUUUGGAUCUUUUGUUUUAACAAAUCAUCCUACAAAAUAUAAUUUAAUCACUUUUAUUAAUAAGAGUUUAGGUAAAAAGUCUUCAUUUUUUGCAUCUAUUAUGACGGUAACCACCACAAAAGGUUUAAUAAUAUCAACCAUAUUUUAUCAAACUGUAUUCUAUUUAGUAAAUAGCUCCGCUAAGUUCACAUCAAUAUCAAGAAGAAUAGCAAAUCCAUCAUAUAUAUUAUGGGUAGUAUCAUAUAAUUCUACAUUUUUAUUAGGUUAUAAUUUAAUUGAUAAAUUUAUACCUGGAUUUGAUAAAGAAACUUCAAUUUUAUUAGAAAGUAUAAAUAAUAAUGGUUUAAUUAUAUUUUUAUUAUCAAAUCUUUUAACUGGAUUAAUUAAUAUGAGUUUAAAUACUUUAAAUAAAUCAAAUACUGAAUCAUUAUUUAUUUUAAUUGGUUAUAGUUCAACUUGGUGUUUUAUUGCGUUUUUGUUGAAUAAAUAUAAAAUUUAUAUAAAAUUGUAA